AUGUAUCAGAAACUAGCAAGCCAUAAAAAACAGGGUACUUGUAUUAAUUCUAGAGCUAGAAUUUUGGGUGGAGGCACUUGUAUUAAUGCUGGCUUUUAUACUCGCGCUGGUCCCAGUUACAUUAAGAAAGCGGGAUGGGAUUCUAAAUUGGUGAAUGAAUCAUAUCCUUGGGUUGAGAAACAAAUUGUUUAUAGACCAAACUUGGCUCCAUGGCAAGAAGCAGUAAGGGAAAGUCUACUUGAAAUUGGUAUCUCACCUUUCAAUGGAUUCACGUAUGAUCACAUCUAUGGAACCAAGGUUGGUGGGACCAUAUUCGACCGCUUUGGACGUCGUCACUCUGCUGCUGAACUACUUGCCUCUGCUAAUCCUAACAAGUUGGAUGUUCUGGUGCAUGCCACAGUUCAAAAGAUUGACUUUGAUACAUCAGGAAAGAAGCCACGGGCAGUGGGAGUCAUUUUCAAAGAUGAAAAUGGGAAAGAACACAAGGCAUUUCUUUCGACUAGGAAGGGAAGUGAGAUUAUAGUGUCAUCUGGUGCAAUUGGGAGCCCUCACAUUCUGAUGCUUAGUGGAAUCGGACCAAAGGCCGAAUUGGAAAAGUUCAACAUCCCGGUGGUUCUUGACAAUAAGUUUGUUGGUCAAGGAAUGUCAGACAACCCCUUGAACACGAUCUUCGUCCCCACAAAUAGGCCCGUUGAACAGUCACUGAUUCAGACCGUAGGGAUUACGAAAAAGGGAGUCUACAUUGAAGCAAGUAGUGGAUUUGGACAAUCAGGAGAUAGCAUCAGUUGCCAUCAUGGAGUCGCUUCAGCUGAGAUUGGGCAACUGUCCACCAUUCCUCCGAAACAGAGAACAGUAGAAGCAAUUGAAGCAUAUCGAAAAAGCAAGAAAAACAUACCACACGAGGCGUUCAAGGGAGGUUUUAUCUUAGAAAAGAUAGCACUACCUUUGUCAAGAGGGAACAUUAGCCUGGUGACUACUAAUCCUGACGACAACCCUUCCAUCACCUUCAACUACUUCAGCCAUCCACGUGAUCUAAAACGAUGUGUAGAUGGUAUACGCAUUGUGGAGAAGAUAGCGAAAUCUAAACACUUCACCAACUUCACACAGUGUAACAAAGAGACACUAGAUAGGCUGCUUAACAUGAGUGUCCAAGCUAAUGUUAAUCUAAUACCAAAACACACUCAUAACACAGAGUCGUUAGAACAGUUCUGCAAAGACACUGUGAUCACAAUAUGGCAUUACCAUGGCGGAUGUCAAGUUGGAAAGGUGAUCGCUCCCAAUCACAAGGUUCUUGGUGUCCAUAGGCUCCGCGUCAUCGAUGGUUCCACAUUCAAAGAGUCUCCAGGCACAAAUCCUCAAGCCACAGUGAUGAUGAUGGGCAGGUACAUGGGAGUGAAGAUUCUGAGAGAGAGAUUAGGAAAAGCAGCUGGUUUCUAAAGAAUUAGAUAACUUUGAAGUAGAAGAAGAUUAGACCUAUUCUUUAGUUUGUUUUGUUAAGGGGUCUUUACUAUUCUAAUUCUUAGCAAGCAAGUGUGUGUAGUCUGUCAAGAUUGGCUUGCCAUUAAAAAAGGUGUUUCUGUGGUGUCUGUGUGAGGUUGGAAUUGGAACUUUUUGUGCUGUUGUAUUCACAUUGUAAUGUGUGAAGUUCAUGCUUAAGUAUUAUCUAACCUUGCAUCUAUAUCCUAUCUCUAGUUAUCAA